AGUGAGGAAGCCAGUUUGAGAACCAUUUCGCACCUAACAGCGGUCUAGUCUGGUCCUCGACGGGCGCACGCGUUUGAGGAUCUUUUCGAAUUUUCUUUUCAAAUCGAAUUAUUUAUAUAGAAAUACGCAAGUCCGUUUCUAAAUAUCGACUUAAAGCUGUGCUCCUCAUCCAUGCAGAAAGAUGUCCAUCAAUGCCAGCGGUCGCUUUAUGUACUUCGCUUUUGGCAGUAAUUUAUUGAAAGAAAGACUGCAGGUGGCAAACCCCUCUGCGAUAUUUCACACUACUGGACGACUAAAGGACCACGAGUUAAGCUUUGGUCUGUGCGAGGCAAUUGAAAACAGCAUUUGGCAUGGUGGAGUGGCCACCAUUGCCCCAUGUCCGGGGGCCGAGGUGUGGGGGGUAAUCUGGACUCUGAGCAGUGAGGACCUCCCGAGGCUAGACAAACAGGAAGGGGUGAAUGUUGGAAUAUACUCUCCACUGGAGGUUUCAGUGGAGACUGAUAAAGGACUCAUAUUCUGCAGAACUUAUCAGACGAACAAUUUCCACGCCUGCCCUCCCUCUCCUCAGUACAAACAGGUGGUGUGUUUGGGUGCAGAGCGGAACGGACUCCCGGGGGAGUACCUGAAGAAGCUGGAGGCCAUUCAAACCAACAACUACAGCGGCCCUUCGAUGCUUGAUGAGAUCAGAAUAGACGAAUAGAUGAAUUAGAGCGACAUAGUUCAUAAUCCUGAAUAUGUAAGCACCAGUAACCUCGCCCCUAAAACAUUUUAGUGGCCGUUCUAAGAACAUCAGGAGCAAAAAUGGAAAAUAAAAUAUACUUAAGACAAAAAAAAUCCUGUUUCGAAUGUAAAU